UGACCUGCCAGAUAGAUUUUUUUUUUCCUCUUUCGCCUUUUUUAGUUUAGUAAAUGACUGCAGCAAAGGAAUAUGCUUAGAAGUGAAGGCUCAUUCACGCAUAAUAUGGGACAAGAAGAGAAAGGCAGUGCCGUAUAUCAUUACUGACGUGUCGAUUUAACCGUAAGAUGCCGCAAGACUGUGAAACUUAAAGUCUCCCUUUCGUGACUUCAGACGCGCCACUGAACGCUCGUAAACAGCAAAGAAACGCAGGAACUGUAGCAGACAGCUCAGAAGAACGUUUUGGGGGUUGGAAAGGGGGUCUAUUUUAAGGGAUACUCCCCGGAAACAGACUGCACGCGUUGGAUGAUGUGCCAUUUAUUUUAGGAUGAGUGGGGAGUAACGUGGAGAGCAGCAGCAACUUCGCUAUGGUAUGGGCAUGUUUCUGGCAGGGGGUCAAUGUAGAAAGCCGAUGUCCGUGGUGCUGAACUUGUCUUCUUGGCUGAUCCAUGACGUUUUACAGAGCUGUGCUGAUAUAAACUGCGUUUUCCAGAGCCUGUGUAGAGAAACGUUGCUGCGCUGUCCGAAGUGCUGAACUUGCCUAUUAAAGACGUGGCUGAUCCCUGCAGUUCUACAGACUAAACUGCGUUUCCAGAGCCUGUGUAGAUAAACGCUGCGCUGUCCGAGGUGCUGAACGUGUCUGAUCCCUGCAGUUCUACAGAGCGGUGCUGAUUUAGCUGCGUUUCCAGAGCCCGGAUAGAUAAACGCUGCGCUGUCCGAGGUGCUGAACUUGCCUACUGAGCCCUGAUUGAUCCAUGCAGUUCUACAGAGCGCUGCUGAAAGAGCUGCACCAGGCGCAACUGCGCUGAACUUGCCUACUUAUUCCUGGCUGAACUGGACUGUCCAAUGAGGGGCUGAUAACGCUCUGCCGUCCGAACCGUUAUCAUUAGUCCUAAGAGCUGUGAUCUAUGGACCUGAAUUAGGCCGAGCGCCCCAUCAGAACCAGUGAAGUGCGUCCUGUGUGUGUGUGUGUGUACGAUUCUGCAGCAGCAGCAGCCCUGGCUAAUGCGAGAUCUCAGAGAAGCCGUGUGUGUUGGUAUUGACCCAAGCUUCCAGCACAAGCAGAUUAGAGCUGUUACAGAACCAGUCUUUCCAAAGUAGCGCCGGAGGCAGACCUGAAGCAACACGCGCACUUCUUUCUACCCAGAAAGCUUCCCAAAAUCUACAGUAUCCACCUGAACCGAAACCAUGUGCAGCCUCAACGCACUCGGCAUUUACCUAUGGGAGACGGUGCUUUUCUUCAGUUUAGCAGCUUCCAAGGAAGUUGGUGCAUCGGCCCGUUCUUCUGCCAAGCAAAUGUCUCCGUCCGACUUCCUGGAUAAGCUGAUGGGAAAGAUCUCAGGAUACGACGCCAGGAUUCGACCCAAUUUCAAAGGUCCGCCCGUAAAUGUGAGCUGCAACAUCUUCAUUAACAGCUUUGGAUCAAUUGCAGAAACCACCAUGGAUUACAGGCUGAAUAUUUUCCUGCGUCAGCAGUGGAAUGAUCCUCGCUUAGCUUAUAGCGAAUAUCCAGAUGACUCACUGGACCUAGAUCCUUCUAUGUUGGACUCGAUCUGGAAACCAGAUCUGUUCUUUGCUAAUGAAAAGGGGGCCAAUUUCCAUGAAAUUACAACUGACAACAAGUUGUUGAGAAUCUUCAAGACUGGAAAUGUUCUUUAUAGCAUAAGGCUGACUCUGACAUUGGCUUGUCCCAUGGACCUGAAAAAUUUCCCAAUGGAUGUCCAAACGUGCAUCAUGCAGCUAGAGAGUUUUGGCUACACAAUGAACGACUUGAUAUUUGAAUGGGAGGAGGUGGGGGCUGUGCAGGUUGCUGAUGGUCUGACUUUGCCUCAGUUUAAAUUGAAGGAAGAGAAGGAUCUGAGAUACUGCACCAAACACUAUAGUACCGGUAAAUUUACUUGCAUUGAGGCUCGGUUCCACUUGGAGAGACAGAUGGGCUACUACUUGAUCCAGAUGUAUAUUCCCAGCUUGCUGAUUGUCAUCCUGUCGUGGGUGUCCUUCUGGAUUAACAUGGAUGCUGCUCCUGCCAGGGUUGGGCUUGGUAUUACUACUGUGCUGACCAUGACCACACAGAGCUCUGGAUCUCGAGCCUCAUUGCCAAAGGUCUCUUAUGUCAAAGCUAUCGACAUCUGGAUGGCCGUGUGCUUGCUCUUUGUCUUCUCUGCUCUGCUGGAAUAUGCAGCUGUCAACUUUGUAUCUCGUCAGCAUAAGGAGCUUCUGCGCUUCAGGAGGAGGAGGCGACACCACAAGGAAGAUGAAAAUGCAGAAGGGCGUUUCAGCUUUGCUGCCUAUGGAAUGGGUCCUGCAUGUCUCCAAGCCAAGGAUGGGAUUUCCAUGAAGGGGAACAACAACAACAACCCUGCAAGCUCCACCCAGCCAGCCUCCAAAUCCUCAGAUGAGAUGCGUAAGCUCUUCAUUGCCCGAGCCAAGAAGAUCGAUAAAUUUUCAAGAAUUGGCUUUCCUUUGGUUUUCCUGAUAUUCAACACAUUCUACUGGAUCAUAUACAAGAUUGUGCGGAGUGAGGAUGUCCACAAGCAAUGAGAUGGUUAGGCUGACAAGGCUGCAUCCCCCUUGAUGGCAUCAGAAAAUCCCAAGAGAAGAAUAAAAAAAGACCAAAUGCAGGAGCACAACAGUGUAACGCCAUUGGUGUUUGCGGGAGAGACAUUUAUAGUCCUAGCAUUUUUGGUCAGGAUUAUCUGUAAUUGCUCAAUGUCAGUAUUGCCAAGUGCUUCCAUAUACUCCAGCUCAAUGAAGAACCAUGCAAACUGCUUUCUUUAUGCAAUUAUUUUAUAUAAUGGCAGUGUAAAGACAGACAAAAGCUGUAAUUAAAACAUAUAAUCUUUGGCAUGAAAAAAAACCAAAAAAAACAAAAGCAAACGUUAUGGCAACUAUUUUUUGUUUCUUAUUUUGGCUUGUUAAAGAAGAAAAUAUAUAUCUUUUUUUGGUUUGUACAUGGAAUGUAAACAUUUGUUGUAAUUGUAUAUAUACAUAAAGUAUAUUUAUUAUCCCACAUGCGGUGAUGGCAAAUUAAAAAUAAAGUUUUCAGACA